AUGCAUGAUCAUGAGUUUGCAACAUUUCUUAUGCGUAUUGGUGAUGAAGUUGAACCUACCAAACCUGAUGAUAUGGUGAAGAUAUCACCCCAAAUUGCAAUAUCAUGGGAAGGAGAACAUUCUAUACAAAUUCUUAUCGACCAUAUCUUCCCCCAAUUAGAAUUGUAUGGUUGGGAUGCAUCGUAUAUGACACAAAGAGCCAUACUUACACCUAAAAAUGAUGACGUCCAAAAGUUGAAUGAUAUACUUAUCAACCAGUUUCCAGGAGAAGAACAUAAUUCGUUGUCAUUCGACGAGGUUGAAGGGGACACCCACAACUUAUAUCAGCAGGAAUUCUUAAACUCCAUUAACCAGGAUGGUUUACCUCCGCAUAUUUUAAAAUUAAAAAAAGGGAACAUGUUGGAUGUUGAGAUCCUAACAGGAAACAAUGCUGGAAAAAGAGCUUUUUUGCUAAGAAUUAAAGUGCAAACAUCAGCAAGUUCGGGUCUUCCCUUUGUGCUUAGCAGAGAACAGUUUCCUGUGAGACUAAGUUUUGCUAUAACAAUAAAUAAGUCACAAGGACAAACCAUUCCAAAUGUCGGAAUUUAUCUUCCGCGUCAUGUUUUCAGUCAUGGCCAGUUAUAUGUGGCUUUAUCUAGAGGUGUUUCACAAACUUCAACAAAGGUACUCAUCAGAAAUGGAAAACUACAAGGUGAAGAUGGACAGUUUACAAAAAAUGUAGUUUUUAAAAACAUUCUUUUAUCACAACACAGAUAA